UCGCUCUGAUCACGAUCACCUGACCAGCAAGAGGUUUCUUCUUCCUCCUCCGCUGUUUCAUCAGCUAGCCGUCCAUGAACACCGCCAGCUCCAGUUCCGCCACGCUGAGGUGCGCGGGCAAGCCUGCUAGCUUCGGCGCCGGCUUUGGCCGGAGGAGCGGCCACUGCAACUGCAGGGUGAAGGCGGCGGCGGCCGCGAGCGCGGGUGUCCGCUCGCCGAGCAGGGGCGACUACUACAAGGUGCUGUCCCUGGAGCACUCGGCGGACGUGGGCGCGGAGGAGGUCAAGCGCGCGUACCGGCGGCUGGCGCUGCAGUACCACCCAGACGUGUGCCCUCCGUCGCGCCGGGCCGAGUCCACGGAGCUCUUCGUCGAGCUCCAGCGCGCCUACGAGACGCUGUCCGACCCUGCCACGAGGGUGCAGUACGACGCUCAGCUGACCGGCCGGGCGUCGACGAGGCCAGAUGGGUUCGCCAGGGACGUAUGGGAAGCCCAGUUGUCCGUGCUGCGGGAGAGGUCCGAACGGCGGCAGAAUGGAAGGAGGUGCAGCGGCCGACGGUUCUAGACUUGAACGGAGUGAACAUACCCCAGUCUGGCUGUGGUUUCAUUGAUUCUUUGACGGUGACAUACCCCAGUCUGGGGCGUUAAAUAUUGUGUAUGCAUGUUUAUGAGUAAUGCUACACGUACAAACGAGUUACAAGGUUUUACAAACAGGGUUAAUUUGAUUGGUCAAUACAUGGGGAGGCGGCCCACCCUCCCUAAAAAU